UUGAUUUGGUUUCCAGCAGCUCCUGCUGUGUUGGUGUGUGCGUGUGUUGUGGUGAAGACCUUCUCUGUGUUCAUCCUCCGCCUGCAGCAGCAGCGCGUCUCUACAACUGAAGCAUCUUCGACCUCGGACACUGACCGUCUCUCUCUCUCUGCUCACCGGUGCACCACAGGCUGAGGCGGGCUGCUGUUGGAUGUUACUGCCCCCCUCCUCCUCCUCCUCCUCUUCCUCCUCCUCAUCCUCUGGUGCAGUUGUAUCUGUGGUUCACACGGUUGUUCGGAUCCUGCAGUAACAAGAAUGCCGCUGAACGCACUGCCCCGCGGCGGCGGCAGCGGCGGCAUGAGCGGCCCCGGGUCUCUGAGUCCCGCGUCGCUGUCCCGCAGCCUGUCCCGGCUCAGGGAGUACCGGACCCGGACGAGGAUCAUGCUGGCUCUGGGGGUCUCUCAGAUGGUCCUGGGCAGCCUCAUACUGGCCGUCAGCUUCGCGGCUCUGGCUCUCACCACAUCACCCAGAGUCCGACACUCCUGUCCCUUUUGGGCUGGUUUCUCUGUGCUGCUCUCUGGACUGAUUGGAGUGGUGUCGUGGAAGAGGCCGCUCUCUCUUGUGAUCACGUUCUUCAUGCUCCUCUCUGCGGUGUGCGUGAUGCUCAACCUGGCUGGCUCCAUCCUCUCCUGCCAGAACGCUCAGCUCGUCAACUCUCUGGAAGACUGUCAGCUGUGCGGAUGUGUGUUUCCCCCUCCUCCACACCAGCUCAAGUUUGACAGUGACGGAGUGUGUGUUUGCUGCGAGCUGCAGCAUCAGAGCUCGAGCUGCAACAACCUGGGAGAGACGCUGAAACUGAAUCCACUGAGGGACUGCAACACAAUACGGCUCCGACUCAAGGAGCUGCUGUUCAGCGUAUGCGCCCUCAACGUCAUCUCCACCAUUGUGUGUGCUCUAGCCACCGCCAUGUGCUGUAUGCAGAUGGUCUCAACUGAUGUGCUGCAGAUGUUCAUGCCGCACAGAGUGCGAGCCCUAAAUGCGGACUGCAUGACUCCGCACGGAACCAUCCUGCACCAGACACUGGACUUUGAUGAGUUUAUUCCUCCCAUACCUCCUCCACCGUACUACCCUCCAGAGUACACCUGCACCCCCUCGAUGGACGGGCAGAGAGGCCUGCACCUGGAUUUCCCCCAUUCUCCUUUCAGUGCCAUCUACGGUGUACCCAUCAACAGCCCAGGGACCCUGUACCCAACUGACCUGCCCCCUCCAUAUGAGUCUGUGGUGGGACAGACUCCCGCCAGUCAGGUGACAACCAGCAUUGAGCAACAAGCGACUGAGUCCAGUUUGUGUGACAGGAACACGACUGCAGGUCUCAGCACUCAGGCCUCGGUGGACAGCGCGUCGCUGAUGGUAUCAGAGGUAGCGGAUCAGGACCAGACUUGCUCCUCAGAGGACUUGUGCUCUCUGGAGGUGCAGGGCUCAGACUCCUCUCCUUAUGGCACACUCCACACCGGCCCCACUGACGGAAGCUGCACCAGCCUGGAACUCUGCACGCGUGGCUCGUCGCGUUGCCACCGUGGCCUGACCAACAUAGACGUCCGGCCCAGUGACACUGGAUACAGCGAGUCGUCGCAGACGCAAGAUUCUCUGGAACGCUCUCCUGACUGGUCCUCGGAGAACUAUAGUAAUCUGGACCAGGAGGAUUCCGCCGACAACACUCAUCCAUGCAACGAACUCAGUGCUGCAAUGCACAUAAGUGACGAGCUCGCAUCAGCCAAACAGUUACCAGAGGAGCCACCUAAACCUCAGACACACUCCCUCAUUAAAGCACGAAUGAUGAGCCGGAAGCUCAUGCUUCCUGUCACCAUCCCCCCACCGCCUCAGCCUUGCUCCCCGACCUCUGUGGCCUCCUCUGGUGGAACCUCCAACAUCAGCCCCCUGGCUCCUUCUCCUUCUCCUUCCCCUCCGAGCAGACCACGUGGCCCCAGGCUGUGUUUCAGUGUGUGGUCACCUUCUUCAACAUCACAACCGGUCUCUACCUCAGCCCAAAGUGGCCACUCGCCCGCAGAGAGGCCUCGGGUGUUCCGAGCAGCCAGGAGGUACCGCAAGUUGGCACGCAUUGUCCGCUCCACCAGUGACCCGAUCUCCUGCUCCUCUACAAGAGGAGGAGAAAAUAGUGGCUGCGCCUCAGCCAAUAACCCUGCUGCUGGAGCUGCAGCUCAUACAUCACCAGAGCAAGACCCAAGAGACAUUUCGGCAGCAGAGGUUGUCGGAGCUAAACCCACGAGUGUCAGGCGCCAGCAGAAAGAGGACAGGAAGAUCGACAUUCUCCUGAAACCCCGAUCCCUGCACACAAACGUGUCAAACGAGCGCCCCCACUCCCUGGCUGACCUCAAGAUGUACAAAGACACCAAGAUAUUAGUGGCCAAGUUCCUGGAGCAUUCCAACUGCAGUCUACCUCCGGAGGUCCAGCAGGUCGUCAACAACAUCAAGUGUGUCAUCAAGUCGGAUGAGAAACACAUGGAGGAGGCCAUCUUCAGUGCCAAUGUUAUAGAUCAGGUGAUGACCCAGCGCACCAUAGGCAGUCCCAGAAAGCGAGACUGCGAUGAUCUUCAUCUCCAGAGCUGCGGUGCUUUGAGUUCCUCGUCGUCCCCCUCCAUGAGCCGCCCCAAACACAUCCCACAGACAACCAGCGCCUCCACCAAACCGGUGGACUCCCCUCCCUCUGAACAAAGCCUUGAGUACAGAGAAACCAUUCUCUGACCAUUUCUCCCAGCAAGGACUUGGGUUAAACCUCUGAGGGCAUUUUAAGGUGCUUGUCGUGCUUUGCAGCCGAUGCCUGUCGAGCAUUUCAUACCUCCUCAGACAUUGUGAGAUCAUAUUUGUACAGUGUGACUGCAGUAUAGACAAAGCGAAAUGCUCUCAUGCUGUGUCUUCUCUCGCCCUGUGAGACUGUGCCAAGUCAUCAGCAGAAAUGGUAGCAAACACCUGACUGACUGAGCCUGCCAGUGUCUGUAAAGGCUUCUCUCUCAUCAGAAAAUCAAAAGAAUGUUUCUCCCUCAGGAGAUUUUUCACCUCCCUAACAAAGAAACAAAUACACAGCUGGUAAGUUAAAAUCCGUGACUGACUGACAAUGGCGACAAUGUCAUCAGGACUGCUAGUGCUCUCACAAGAAACCGAGAGAAUUUUGUUUGUAUUCAUCUGUAAACUGAACUGACCGGGCAUUACCAGCCAUUGUUUGCAGACUUUGUGCAAGUGUCGCUGAUAGGGUGGUGAAUAUUUUGUGGUGUUGCUGGUUCAAAAACAUCACCGAUGUGGAUUAUUUAACUGACCUCAUUGUGUUGCAAUUCUUAUCAGUGUUACAAUAAAGUAUGAGUUUGUA